ACGGUUUUUUUACAGAAAAGUAAAAUGGCAGCUUCUAGAAACGGUGGUGUUGACAGAGUUCUAAGAAAAUGUCAAUCAUGUGUUGAUGCCGGCAAUUUUUACGAAGCUCAUCAAAUGUACCGGACUCUGUAUUUCAGAUAUAAUGGACAGAAAAAAUACACAGAGGCCUUGAACCUCAUAUACAAUGGAGCUGUAACUUUACUUCAACAUAACCAGCAUUCAAGUGGAGCAGAUUUAGCUAUGUUGAUGAUAGAAUUGUUGAAUAAUUCUAUGCAGCAAGUGACAGAUGAUACAAUAGAUAAAGUUCUACAGAUAUUUAACCUACUAAAUGCAGAUUCAGCAGAAAAACACAAUUUUAUGAUAGCUGCAAUUCGAUGGUCAAUGAAUGUUAGUCAACACAAACGUGGACAUCCAGAUCUACAUCAAAAAUUUGGUCUUGCUUUUUGGAAGGACAAGAAUUAUUCUCAGGCCAGAUACCACUUUAUCCAUUCCGCAGAUGGUGAUAAUUGUGCCUUGAUGUUGGUAGAAUUCCACGUAAACCAUGGAUACUCCUCUGAAGUUGACAUGUUCAUAGCACAAGCAGUUUUACAAUAUUUAUGUCUACAGAAUAAAGAUACUGCUCUGAUAGUGUUUACCAAUUAUACAAAACAGCACCCAGCAGUGUGUAAAGGGCCCCCCUAUUUACUGCCUUUACUGAAUUUUGUAUGGUUUCUUUUAUUAGCAUUAGAUGGGGGGAAGGUUACAGUGUUUUCUAUUCUCUGUGAUAAGUAUGAGUCUUCUAUCAAGAGAGAUCCAAGUUAUAAAGAGUAUUUAGAUAAAAUUGGUCAAUUAUUCUUUGGAUUGCCACCACCAAGGAAAAGCCAACAGGGCAUGUUUGGUAAUUUACUGAAUACUUUAUUAGGAGGUGGAGAAGAAGAACCUAUGCAAACAUCUACAGAAUCUGUAUCGUCUCCGAAAGUGGAAUCUAUUGUAGAUUUGGACUAGGGUGUCAACGUUGUUAUAAUUAUAAACAUUUCUAUGUUGAGAUGUAUUCAUUGACUGUUCGUUUAUUCAUGAAUUCAGUAAAAAAAAACUUUAUAUUUCUGUUUUACUAGAUUUACUUGAGUAUGGAAAAAAAAAAUUGUAUGAAAGCAAGAUAUUUCAGCGAUAACACGACCUCAAUUUCAUACAUGUAUUCAUAGUUUUUGGUAAUAUUUUUGUUGGAGUGAAAAUGUCAAGAUAACAUUUUUUGAGAAUUCUAUUGGAACAGUUAAUUACUUUUAAUUACUAGCACAUAAAAAAAGCAAAGAUUUCAAAAGGAUAUUGUCCAUGGAUACUUUGGGUACAUUUAUUUAUGAGUUUUCUAAUUUUCGAUGAUUAAGGAAUACUUGCAUUUUGUUGUGGAUAUUUGACUUGGUGAAUUUGUCAACGUCUCCAUACAAGCCUAUAGAAAAUUUGUAAUUCUUUGAACAUUUAAAUUUGUGGGUAACCUUUACCAUCAAAAUCCACAAAUAUUGGUAUCCCACGAAUAAUUAUAAAUCCACAGUAGUACAUUUUACAAUGUUCUUUAAUUAGGUCUUUUGGAUCAAAUCUUGAAGGAUAUUUUUUUACGAUUUUAUUCCUCUCAGAAAUGUAAUGAACUUCAAAUCAUUCUGGUAUGUCAAUAACAAGAUAUUGAAAAUAAAAAUGUUUAAUUUCUGUUGAUAAUAUGUGUUUUUCCUACCUCAGAAAACAUAAAUGAAUUCAUAGUUAUUGCAAGUCAGUAAGCAAUAUAAAAAAAAAGUAAAAAGCUGUUUCAAAUUGUUGAAUGUGUUUGCUGAGUGUAAUGUUUCAAACUUUAUAUGUAUAUAGGAAGUAAUGUUACAUGAAUUAUAUAAAAAAAUAUUUAAAUUAUGUUUUGCUCAACCUGAAAGCAUCUAUAUUUCUGUUUAUUGAUACUAUUAGGUUUGCAGGUGUUACUUUAUAAUUAUAAGUUCAACAUGAUAAUGUACAAAUGUACCUAUUUAUUUCUAAGAUAUGCAUAAAUUAUUUAUGGAUAUUGAUAUUUCAUUUGCUCACCUUUAUUUUGUUUGCAGCAUUCUACAAUGGUUUCUCUCAUAAAGAAAAAUGUUGCACUAAAUAUUUCUUUGUCACCCUUUUAAGGAUAUUUUGUAGAUAUACCCCUCAUUUUUUUUUUAAAUAAAGUAAGAGAAAAAGGGGUUGUCUUGCUAAGCAUAUGUAAACAGGAAGUAGGUGUCUGACUGUCAGAUCGGAAAAGUGACCACAAUAUACAAUUCAUCACUGUCAAGCUGCUGACCAUUUAUGAGGUGGUUCUGUUCAAUGGUUCCUGAGAAAAUUGUAACAAAAUAUUUUUUGGAUGGACAAACAGAUAGACAAGGUAAAUGCAAUAUAGCCCAUGUUUAGGGUGGGAGUAUAAUACCAAAUCUGUGUCUCUUAGUCUGAAAUAGUGAGUUCCUUUAAUAUGUCUCAUCAAAAAUGCAGAAAUGACUUUGUGUUUUGAGAGUUUCAGAUGUCUGUCUAGUAUCCCUUUAAAAUCUCUUUUUUUGAAAGUAUCCCUUUAAAAUCUCUUUUUUUGAAAGUAUCCCUUUUAAAUCUCUUUUUUUGAAAGAGGGUUAGUAUUUACACAGUGAGAGAGAAACCAUUGUAUAUUAAAUUCAGAUUAUUAAGUGCUUGCAACAUGUAAGCUAUUUAUUAUUAUUUCGACAUUUGUUAAACAUACAGUUUUAUAGCUCUAUAAACACAGCUUUUUCACGUUUAAAACAUGGGAAAUAAAAGUAACACAAUAAAA